AUGGCAGGCAUGUUCGUCGGCUCUAAGGUACCUGCCAAACCUGCGGUUGCUGCAAGUGCAGCGGCCGCCACAGUGUCGAUGCCCGAUGAGUUCAAGCAGGAGCCAAUUGAUUCAUGGCAGCUCGGCAACCAUACGUGGAAUUUCCUACAUACGAUGGCAGCUAAUUAUCCACAGAAUCCCAGCGAGGAAACCAAGCAAGAGAUGAAGUCAUUUAUUUCGUCUUUUGCCAAGUUUUAUCCAUGCGAACCCUGUGCCGAGGAUUUCCGGGAAUGGAUCAAAACGAACGCACCCAAAGUAGAGAACCGCAACGCCCUGAGCUUUUGGUUCUGUGAUGCACAUAAUGCGGUCAACGACAAGCUUGGUAAACCCACAUUCGAUUGUAAAUACUGGAUGGCCAGAUGGAAGGACGGGUGGGAGGACUUCAAAAAGGCCUCGCGCGAGUGA